GUUUGUUUAGAAACAGCGCCGUAUGUUUUUUUUUCUCUCUGGCUAGAUGUGCGGGAAUGGAGACGUGGCGCCGAGCGGGACAGCUGUUGAGCGAGUCGUGGGCCGAAGUUAUUGGAUAAGAAAACACAGGCGACACGGUCGCCACCUGCAGCCUGCGGGCAAUGUACCGGGGCCGCUGUAUUUUGUGGCCGUCAGAGGCAACGCCGAAUCCGAGGGACACACGCACAUACACUUGUUUGCAUGCGGCAGUAAUUUUCAGUUCCUGUUUAAACACAGCAGCAGAUAGCUUAGUGAUGUGGUGAGAGCUGUUUACCUGUCCCUUUGGCAGCGCGGCUGGUGAUUGCGCGGUCGAUUCUGAUUUUUACAUAAAGUGCUACAAAGGCUGGACUGACCUUUUGCAAAAUUCACAUCAUAAAACAUUUCCAGUGCUGGUGUAAGCUGGUUAUCUUCAAGUCCUCUGAGUGAAAAGAGGGAGUUGUGAACACUGGGAUGCCUCAACUAACUGCAGCUGCUGCUUUGCAGAUUGGUUUGUUAAUAUCUGCACUUCCUGCACAGUAUAUUUUAUCUCGCUGGUCUGGCAGUGAUUCUGCUCAGCGCAUCCGGGCAUCAAGAAGGUUAAUCAAUAGCUGGAACCGAUUCAAAAACUCUUAUUUAAAUGUACAAGCAUGGAAGGACUGGCUAAAAGAAUGGAGUUUAAAAGAAAGAUCUACCCAGCAUGAAGAUCCUCCUGGAGAGUCCCCAGCUAUGGAGGUAUUUCUAUUGAAUGAGAAUGAUGGAUACUUUGCAGACUCACCUGAGCCUCGCUCUCCCAGGCCACUGUCUGUCAAAUACAGAGUAGGACAAGUCUUCAGACACAGGCAGGAUGGGUAUAUCGGUGUGAUUGUUGGCUGGGAUGAGAAAGCAAGAGCUCCGGAAGAAUGGCUUAACCAAAGAUAUCCUUCCGACAUGGAGAUUAUGAAGUAUACUCCCCAUUAUAAGAUUCUGAUUCACACAAAUGAUGGAAGAGAUUCAGAAACAGCCUAUGUUCCAGAGUUGGAUAUAAUUGUAUUAACUGGUGUACAGGUGUACCACCCGCUGUUAGUAUAUUAUUUCAGCAUGUUUGAUGGAGAACAGUACAUAAUGAUGCCAUGGCUGAUGCAAGUCUACCCACAUGACUGAAUGGUGAUUAAUUAUAAAAUGAUGCAAGAAAUGUAUUUUGCGCCAUAAUUUUUAUUUUGAAUCCUUUAAAUUGAUGAAGACCUCUAAAUGUGUAAUGUAUUUAAAGUAUAAUGCCAAAACUCUUUAAAGGAGAUGUAAAAAGUAUUGCUGUUAUCUACUCACAUUUAUUGAUAAUUCUGGUUAAAAUAUGAAAUAACUGGCAGAUGAUUCAGUUAUUCUAUAAAAAUCAAAUGUAUAUUUUCUACAUUUUUUGAGAAUUUUUUGAGAUUAUUCAAUUCAUUUCUUCCUUGAACAGUGGCACAAUGUAUCAUAGGUUUCUUACCUGCACACCCUUUUUCUCAAAUCUUGAUCAUUCACUGACCUUUUCGUAGCUUAUAGAAAGAAAAAUUAAAGGGAUAAUCCAGUAGUAAUUUAUAACAUGUCCUUUCUAUUCCUAUAGCAACCGCACUAUGGUGUUGCUAAGUAGAAAUUGAAACUUCCACUUUUCUGUAUGUGAGUUGGAAUUGAUUUUUGACUUUAGGCUGCAAUAAACUGAAAACUAUAGGGUAGCUACCUAGGCUUGUCUAUCUCCCUGAAUUAUAGCUCUGGAGUUUCUUUUAUUUCAAUAUACCAGUUCACAAGCUUUUUCAUUGAGCAUAGCUUAGUAACAGAAUGAUUCACACGUGACCCAGAUCUGGGAGAGUUGAGUACCAGUAGGAGUGCUUUAGAAGGAUUUCCUGGUAAAAGGAAAUGUCAGCCAAGGUUCUUGCCUUUGACUGCUGGGAAGUGCAUUUCUUUUGAAGCUGGGCAUGGACAGACUCAGCCUCCAAGGAAUAAUACUGAAUGAUACCCACUGGCCAUUUUUAUAAAUGAAGAUGGACCACCAUAGUAAGGCUCAUUAAAAUUAAUGGCAAGUGAUGGUGGUAAGACUGAAGGUUCUGUUCAUAUCACUAGAGACCAGAUUUGUCCCUCCUUGAUUUAAUCUUCUAAUUUGGCUGCUCCAACAGACUAACCCAAACUUUUACCAUGUUUGAGUCAGCAACAGGCUGCAAACCCCACAUGCAAUCCAUUGAAAGUAUUUCCACCUCAGUAAUAUUCUCAACUGUAUCCAUACUUGAUAACUACUAUUACUAAACAUCACACACCUUCUUUACUUUCAGGCCUUUCUUUACCACUACGCCCCACAGAGGUAUCCUGAGGUCGAUCUGUUGAAUCUCCAUAUCAACCUAAACUUUGCUGCGUCAGUUCUAUCCUACCCUGUCCUUGUCAACUUUCAGUGGUUCCUUGAUCCCUGUUUGAUUAUUUCAUAGAAACAAAAAAGAAAUCUAAGGACAGAAAAAUCUCUAAACCCAACUGGACCAAAAACUAAAUGUUUCCAGUCACAUCUUGCAUGAUUUUGUAAAAUUAACGCAGUUUUAGCAUGUCUGGCAGCAUCUGUGGAAAGUGAAGCAAUGUGAGAACACACUCAGCCAGGCAAAGGAGGGCAGUGGAGAAUUGAGACUGUUCAUCUAUUGUUGGGAAAAUGUUCAAGUCUGUUGUAAAGGAUGUAAUCUAGAUGCAUCUAGAAAUACAUAAUAUGUUCAAGCAGAGUCAGCAUGGCUUCAUGAAGGGGAAAUCAUGCCAGAUCAAUUUCUUAGAGUUUUUGAGGAGGUAACAAGCAGCACCGAUGAAGGGGAACAAAUAAAUGUAAUAUAUUUGGAUUUCCAAAAUGCAUUCAGUGAGGUACCACGCGUAAGACUACUUAAUCAUCUCACUUUUAAACUUGACCCUACUAUCAUCAUUCUUGAAAAUCUUAAGUGCAUUAUCAAGGUUUAAUAAACUUUUCUCUUAAGAACUGUUCUGCUUGAGUAGAGUUGUAGAGCAUUACAGAGCAAUUUGUUCUUAUGAAAGAGGCCCUUUGGACUAUCAUAGCUGCACUGGUCAUCAAGUGCACUACAGUAGUCCCAUUUCUCAGCACUUGUCCUGCAGUCCUGUUUGUUUGGUUUUUAAGUAUUCACCUAAAUUUUCUUCAGUGUUGUAAUGGUUCCAACCUCUAUGACCCUUUCAAGCAGUGAGUUCAUGAUACUUUCCACCCUCUGAGUGAAAAAAGUAUUUUCCCUAAAUCCUCUGUAAAUCUCCUGCCAUUAGCUUACUCUAAACCUUCUUUUCAACAGUAUAAACAAUCCUAUGUCUUCAACCUCUUCGUUGGUCAGAUGUCUUAGGAUAGGUAUCAUGUUGCUUCCUGUUUAGUAUUUUUUCAAUUUCUAGAUAUUGUUUCUGUAGUAUGGUAGCCAGAACGGUACACUAUUCUGCAUGUGUCCAUGCUAAUAACUCUUUAAAUUCAUUGUCAUCCUAGUUUUUGAGCUCUUAUUCUGACUAUACAUCCAAAGGUACAGAUUACUUUACUUAUUGUUGUUACUCUGUGAUGUUAGCUUCAUCAUAUAGACAUUAUCUAUUUUUCAGCGCCUUCCAUCAACAUCUCUGUCCUCAAUGAUAGUGGUAUCUGAAUUUCAUCAAUGUGAGAGACAAAGCUGGAGCAUUUGUAAACAUCUUCAACCAGAAGUACCAAGUGACUAUUGCACCUUGGUGUCCUCCUGAGUCCCCAUCGUAACAGGUUCAGCCAAUAGAUAGAGUUGAUGGGGCAUUUCAAGACUAGGGGGCACAUUUUUAAGGUGAGAGAGAUUUAAAAAAGAUGUAAGAGGCAAAUUUUUUACACUGAGAGUGGUUCAGGUGUGGAAUGAACUUCCUGAGGAAAUGGUGGAUGCAGGUACAAUUACAAUGUUUAAAAGACAUUUGAAUGGAUACAUGAAUAGGAAAGGGUUGGAGAGAUUUGAGCCAGGAUCAGGCAGGUUGGACUAGCUUAGUUUAGGAUUACGCUCAACAUGGACUGGUUGGAUUGAAGGGUCUGUUUCAGUGUUGUAUGACUCAAUGACUCCACAUCCUAUCAAAAGAAUGCCUGAAGGCAUUUGAUGCCUCAAAGUCUUUGGCCCUGAAAACGGCCUGGCUAUAGUACUGAAGACGUGUGCUUGAGGACUAGCUACACCCUGAUCAAGCUGGUUCUAGUAGAACUGUAACAGUGGUAAUGUAGAAAAUUGCCUCGGUACACCCUCGUCUCCAGAAGCAGGCCAAAUUGAAUCUGGUUAAUUACGGUCCUAUCAGUUUAUUCUCAGUCAUCAACAAGGGGAUGGAAAGUGUCAUCAGCAAUGCUGUCAAGCAUAACCACCUCAGCUGUAACCUGUUCAAUCAUGUUUGAGCUCUGCCAGAGUCGUUUGGUUCCAGACCUUAUGACAGCAUUGAUCCAACUGUGGACAAAAGAGCUUGAACUCAAGAGGUGAGCAUCUGCCUUAACCAAGUGUGGCAAUGAGUAACCUAAAUUAGACUGAACUCAGAGGGAAAACUCUGCACUGGGAAACUAGCACGGUGGAAGAUGGUUAUGGUUGUUGGAGAUCAAUCAUCUCAAUCCCAUGACCUUGUUGCAGGAGUUCCUCAAGAUAGUGUCCAAGGCUCAACCAUCCACACUUCUUCAUCAAUGUCCCCUCACACUGCCCCAAAAAAUCAAAAUACAAAAAUUUGGACUGUUGCUGAUGUUGCACAGUGUUUCGCAACAUUCACAGCUCCUCAGACUCUGAAAUAAUCCAUCUUGGUAUAAGUUUCAUAUCAUCAUGCUGUCAUAUCAUUGUCAUUUUAAAAAGUUUGAUAAGCUAUGUGUAGAUUACUGUAGCAAUAUGCAUUGUUUCAGAACAUUUUGUUCACCUUCAGUUCCUAUGAAUAAAAUAAACAUCAAAACCA